CCACUCUCUAGUCUCUAUGUCAAACUCGUCCUCCAAAGAAAACCUGCAGAAGUGAUAAAAAGAAAAUCCCUAAUCUUCUUAAACAUUAAACCCUAUUAUUUUGCGCCUGUCAAACCGGCUAUGGAGCCCAUCUCAUCGGAGGAGCGAAUGGUGAGCGAGAAAUGGAGACAGAAACUUGAUGAAGUCAAGAGAGCUGUUGAGACCCACUUCUCAGGCAUUACGGACCAUGUCAAUUUCACCCUUCAGCAAGCGUACUUUAGAUGCGCGUAUGAAUGCUUUGAUCGGAAGAAGAGGCAUGAAGAGAUAGAAAAUUGCGUGGAGCGUUGCAGACUCCCUUGUGAGAAUGCCCAAAAUGUAGUUCAGAAUGAAAUUGUCACACUUCAAGAAAAGCUACAAAGGGCAAUGCUAGUCUGCAAAGACAAAGUUGAGGUUUCAAAACUCCAGAUGAACAAAAGUGAUUGUAUUAAGGAUUUGGAGUUAUGUGUUGACCAAUCUGUUCAAGAUUGCAUUAAGACAUUGCCUCAUAUUGUUGGAAGAUUGAAGACUAGACUAGGAAUGACUGAUCCUAUGUAGUUUGUAUUACAGGCUUCAAGUUUUCAAGCGACAUCACUAGAUUGCAGUAACUAGACUAGUGUCUUUUCUCAUUACUCCAAGUCCCAAAUUAAAUACGUAGUAUGUUAUUUUAUCAAAAAAUGUUCCAGAAUAAUAAUUUUUGUUUUAGUAAUUCAAUCCAUAUGUUUUUUAUUUUUUUCCAAAUUAUUCUAUGUCAACAGUUCAAUGUUAC